AUGAGCAGAAGGGCUGCUGUAUCUGCAAUCGAUCUCGUUCAUGGAAGAGGAUUUCUCAAUCAUAAAUUGGGUAUUCUCUCUCCUCCGUUCUCUCUCUUCUCUUCCAUGGCUUUUCAACCUAAGCGGCGGCGCCCAAUAGAUUUCAGUAGUGUUAAAGAAUUAGAUGAUGCUAUUAAAUUGCUUGGAGAAAUGAAGAGUAUGCGGCCUGAGCCUUCUAUUCGAGUGUACAACAAUCUUAUGAGUGUCAGUGUAAAGAUUGAGCAGUAUUCAUUUGCCCUUAAGGUGUUUGAUGAAAUGCGUCAAAUGGGUUUCCCUGUUAAUUGUUACACUAUGAACAUUGCAAUUAACUGUUGCUGUCACUUGAAAGAUAUAAACUCUGGUUUUGCUAUAAUGGCCUUCUUUUUUAAGAGUGGUUACGAACCAGAUGCCGUGACAAUCAGCCCUCUCAUUAAAGGGUUGUUUUUAGAGGGUAAGGAGGCAGAAGCUGUGAACUUAUUCCAAAAGGUUCUGGAUUUAAAAGUUUGCGAGCCUAAUAGUGUUAUGAUUCUGCACUUGAUAGAUGGGCUAUGCAAAACUGGACAGGUCAUUGCAGCUUACGAUUGGGUUCGUAGAUUAGAAAGUUGUGGGCUGAGGCCCGACGUUUGGGCUUAUAGCGCAUUAAUUGAUGGGUUCUGCAAGGUGGGAAAUGUGGAUGGCGCUUUGCCACUUCUACUUGAGAUGACCAGCAAGGGUAUUUUACCCAAUGUGGUCACAUAUAAUGCACUUAUUGAUGGAUUUUGUUUGAAAGGUGAAGUAGAUAAAGCAAAACAGUUAUUAGAUUCCAUGGUAGAGAUGGACUUGAAACCUAAUAUUGUAAGUUAUAGCAGUUUAUUAAAUGGAUACUGUAAGAAGGGGCGUGUGGAUGAAGCUCGGCUUGUUUUUCAUGAAAUUUCCUGUAAAGGUUUGCUGCAUAAUGGGUUUACUUAUAAUACCAUGAUACACGGAUUAUUUAAUAGAAAGGUCGACGAUGCUCUCCAACUCUUCUCUAGCUUGGGUGAGAAGGGGAUUUCACCCAAUGUUGUGACAUAUAAUUCAAUAAUUGAGGGGUUAUGCAACCAUAGUAGAGGAAAAGAGGCAGAAGACAUGUUAAGGAAGAUGAUAUCGAAUAAAGUCUUCCCAGAUGUGGUUACUUGUAAUAUUUUUGUUGAUGCCCUUUGCCAAGAGGGAAGGAUGGAAGAGGCCGAGCAUAUGCUGGUCAAGAUGAGGGAAAUUGAUGUUCAACCCGACAUUGUAACAUACACUGGAUUGAUUAAUGGAUAUUGUUUACAGGGUGAAAUGGAUAAGGCUAGAAACAUUUUCCAACUAGCAAUGAAAUCCGGCAUCAAGCCUGAUGUUACAAGCUACACUAGUUUGAUGAAUGGGUACUGCAAAAUGGGACGUGUGGAUGAAGUUUGUCGUCUUUUUACUAUGAUUUCUGCCAAAGGGUUAGAGCGUGAUGUGGUUUCUUAUAGCAUAAUGCUGGAGGCUUUAUUUGGUGAUGGUCGAUGUGAAGAGGGCUUGAAGUUGUUCAAAGAGAUGGAAGCUCUACAAGUUAAUCCUACUACAACAACUUAUGGAAUCUUGUUACAUGGUUUGUGCAAUGCUCAUCGUAUUGAUGAAGCAUUAUCCAUGUUAUAUACCAUGGAAAACAAAGGUUGUUUUCCUAAUGUCGUGACAUAUACAAUUCUUAUUUCUGCCCUUUGUGAAGAAGGGCGGAUAGGAGAGGCUAAGGAUUUGAUGGUGCAAAUGGUGAACAAGCGGUGCUUGCUAGAUAGUGUGACUUACAAUAUUUAUGUUCAAGCUCCUCUCAAAAGGAGCAAGAUGGACGAUGUGAUUCUUGUCUUGAAAGAGAUGACUGCAAGAGGGGGAUGCACACUUGGCGCUACCACUUUUGAGAUGCUGAUUGAACCUCUACGAAGGGAAGGCAAAGAUAGUGUUUUAUUUGAUUUGGUUAAGAAACUAUUACCAAAGAAGUUAUAGUCUAAUCUAGUUAGACGAUGUGUUGUGAUAAAUGAGUUUAGGUAAUGAGUUUAAAUGCUUGAAUUGUAUUUUGAUGGUUGGA